CUUCUGCUCCCGAAGGGGCUCGACGGCGCCGUGUUUCGGGACUUGAUUCCGAACCGUGGCCGAGGCCCGAUUAGCCCGUCCGACAGCGCUCGGGCACUUUCGGACAGGAGGAGGCGGAGAGCCGAGGCUCGCUCGUGUGGAUCCCUGCUCGGGUGCGUUCGGCUCCGCUCGGCUCCUAUUCGGGCGGGCUCGGCUCCCGCGGGCGGCGGAUGCAGGCGGAGCCUGCAGCGCAAGGUUCUCUAGGCCGGGUCGCGUUGCGUCGGAGACCGGCGGAGUCGGCCUCACAGUAGGGGACCCUGUUGACUGGGGACCACGGCCGGCGCGGCCUUCUAGGCCCUGAGGAGGGCUAGCGCAGAGCCUCUCGGAAACCCUCGUGCGGCCUCGGACCAAUUCGGACCGACUCGGCUCCGCACUUCGGACCACUUCGGCCCCCCUCGUUUCCGGACUCUAGGCCUCGGCUCGGCUCGACUCGACAGGGCCGCUUCGUGCCGGUUCGGCCCCUGUUCGGGCGGCCCCGGCUCGGCUUGGCGGCCGGCUUCGGGCGGGCUCGGCUCAGCUCGGCUCGGUUCGGGCAGCCAUCCUCGGUCAAGCUCGGCCCGGCUCGGUCCGGCUCGGGCGGCCUCCUCAGGCGGCGCUCUUCGGGCUCCGUCCCGGCCUUCGGGCGGCCCCGGCCGGCGCCUUCGGGCGGGCUCGGCGGAGUCCGGAUGGAGGACUCGGACUCGGCCGCCAAGCAGCUGGGCCUGGCCGAGGCGGCGGCGGUGGCGGCCGCGGCCGCUGUGGCGGCGGCGGCCGCGGCCGCAGCGGGAGGCGAGGCGGAGGAGCCGGUGCUCAGCAGGGACGAGGACUCGGAGGAGGACGGAGACUCGGAGGCGGAGCGCGAGACGCGGCGGGUGACGGCCGUGGCGGUGAUGGCCGCCGAGCCCGGGCACAUGGACAUGGGCGCCGAGGCCCUGCCGGGCCCCGACGAGGCCGCCGCGGCCGCCGCCUUCGCAGAGGUGACCACUGUCACAGUGGCCAACGUGGGCGCCUCGGCGGACAACGUCUUCACCACGUCGGUGGCGAACGCCGCCUCGCUCUCGGGCCACGUGCUGUCGGGCAGGACAGCCCUUCAGAUCGGGGACAGUCUGAACACCGAGAAGGCCACGCUGAUCGUCGUGCACACGGACGGGAGCAUCGUGGAGACUGCCGGGCUGAAGGCACCCGCUGCCCCUCUCACCCCCGGCCCUCAGUCUCCUCCGACUCCUCUGGCUCCUGGCCAAGAGAAAGGUGGAACUAAGUACAACUGGGACCCAUCGGUGUACGACAGUGAGCUGCCUGUGCGCUGUCGGAACAUCAGUGGCACCUUGUAUAAGAGCAGGCUCGGCUCAGGAGGCCGGGGGCGCUGCAUUAAGCAGGGGGAGAACUGGUACAGUCCUACCGAGUUUGAAGCCAUGGCAGGAAGGGCCAGCAGCAAAGACUGGAAGAGAAGCAUCCGCUAUGCGGGGCGGCCGCUGCAGUGCCUCAUCCAGGAUGGGAUCCUAAACCCUCAUGCCGCCUCCUGCACCUGUGCCGCCUGCUGUGAUGACAUGACCCUGAGCGGGCCUGUCAGGCUCUUCGUCCCCUACAAGAGGCGCAAGAAGGAGAACGAGCUGCCUGCCACACCCGUCAAGAAGGACACCCCCAAGAACAUCACCCUGCUUCCCGCCGCAGCCGCCACCACCUUCACCGUGACCCCCUCAGGACAGAUCACUACCUCUGGCGCGUUGACCUUCGACCGGGCGUCCACCGUGGAGGCCACCGCGGUCAUCUCGGAGAGUCCGGCCCAGGGCGACGUCUUCGCAGGAGCCACAGUACAAGAAGCAGGCGUGCAGCCCCCAUGCAGGGUUGGCCACCCGGAGCCCCACUACCCAGGAUAUCAGGACAGCUGUCAGAUCGCACCGUUUCCGGAGGCCGCGUUGCCAACAUCUCAUCCCAAAAUAGUGUUGACAUCCUUGCCCGCCCUGGCGGUGCCGCCCUCCACCCCCACCAAAGCCGUGUCUCCCGCUGUGGUCAACGGGCUGGAUAUGUCAGAACAGCGGAACUGGCUGUACCUGGAGGAGAUGGUCAAUUCCUUGCUCAGCACCGCGCAGCAGCUGAAGACGUUGUUUGAACAGGCCAAGCAGGCCAGCUCCUACCGAGAAGCCGCCGCGGCCCAGGCCAGAGUCCAGGCAGAUGCAGAGCGGAAAGAGCAGUUCUGUGUCAACUGCGGCCGGGAGGCCCUGAGCGAGUGCACCGGCUGCCACAAGGUCAACUACUGCUCCACCUUCUGCCAGCGCAAGAUUUGCCUCUUCUGGACAUUUCACGUAGCAAGAGUCGUAUAACAUGUGGUCUCCCGCAUCUGGCUUCCUCUGACCAGCGUGUUUUCAAAAGGUUCAUCCACGUGGAGCCUGAGUAGCGUCCACGGUGUGGCUGGACCUCGUCUUGCCCUCCAUCCUCAGCCAACGGACAUCUGAGUGGUUCCCGCCACGUGACUGUCGUGAACACUCACGAGUGAGCUCCAGGGUGGAGACAGGGUUUUGUUUGUCUUGGCUACGUGCGUCCAUGGGUUUGCUGAGUCACAUGGUAAACUUGUGUUUAACCUUAGUAAGAAACUUCCCAACUUCUCCGAAGUGACUGCACCACCCGCCCCCCGGUGGCGGGUCCACCACGUCCACAGUGCUUGCUCUUGCUUUCUGGUCGUAGCCCUGCUACCGGGUGUGAAGCGACAUCAGUGCGUUUAGUCUGCAUCUCCCUGAUGUCUAAAGAUGUUGAGCAUCGUUGUGUGUGCUUAUUGGGUGUUGUAUAUCUUUUUGGGGGAAGUGUCUAUUCAAAUCUUUUGCCCGUUUUUAAAUGGGAUCGUUUCUCUUCUUAUUGAGUGUGGAGAUGUCUGUGUAUAUUCUGGAUACAAGUCCUUUAUCAGAUACGUGAUUUCCAAGUAUUUUCCCCCAGUCUGUGACUUGUCUCUUUAUUUCUUAAUAGUGUCAUUUUAAGGGCAAAAGUUUUUUUAAUUUUGAUGAAGUCCAGUUUACUUUGAAAAAAUUUUUAUUAUCUAUUAUUUUUUAUUUUUGGCCGUGCCAUAAGGCUUAUGGGAUCUUAGUUCCUGACCGGGGAUCAAACCCGGGCCCCCUGCAGUGGAAGCAUGGAGUCCUAACCACUAGGGAAGUCCCAAGAAGUCCAGUUUAUUAAAAAAAAAAAAAAUUUUAAUGGAGAUCACGCUCUUGGUGUCAUAUCUCAGAACUUUUGCCUGACUCAAGGUUAGGAAAAUCUCCUCUUCUCCUCUAAAACAUUUAUAAUUUUAGCUCUUUUUUUUUUUGUUUUUUCGGCCACAUAGCGUAGCUUGCAGGAUCUCAGUUCAGCAACCAGGGAUUGAACCUUGGCCAUGGCAAUGAAAGUGCUGGAGCCUAACCACUGGACCACCAGGGAGCUCCCUUUAAGCUCUUAUUUUUAGAUUUAUGACCCAUCUUGAGUUAAUUUUUAGGUGUGGUGUGAAACACCGUGGGCUUGAGCCCAGCACACAUGAAGUUUUAAAUACUGUAUAGACUUACAGAGUCAGGUAAUCUACAUAGUCAGGUAAUUUACAAAUUAAAAAUUUAUUCUUGGGCUUCCCUGGUGGCGCAGUGGUUGGGAGUCCGCCUGCUGAUGCAGGGGACACGGGUUCGUGCCCCGGUCCAGGAGGAUCCCACAUGCCGCGGAGCGGCUGGGCCCGUGAGCCAUGGCCGCUGAGCCUGCGCGUCCGGAGCCUGUGCUCCACAACGGGAGAGGCCACAACGGUGAGAGGCCCGCGUACCGCAAAAAAAAAAAAAAAAAAAAUUUAUUCUUUUGAGUCUAAAAAUAACAGGUGCUGGAGAGGGUGUGGAGAAAAGGGAACCUUCUUACACUGUUGGUGGGAAUGUAAAUUGGUGCAGCCACUAUGGAGAGCAGCAUGGAGGUUCCUUACCAAACUAAAAAUAGAGUUGCCAUUUGAUCCAACAAUCCCACUCCUGGGCAUUUAUCCAGAGAAAACUCUAAUUCGAAAAGAUACAUGCACCCCAGUGCUCAUAGCAGCACUGUUUACAGUUGGCAAGACAUGGAAGCAACCUAAAUGUCCAUCAACAGAGGAAUGGAUAAAGAAGAUGUGGUACAUACAUACAAUGGAAUACUACUCAGCCAUAAAAAAGAAUGAAAUAAUGCCAUUUGCAGCAACAUGGAUGGACCUAGAGAUUAGCAUUCUGAGUGAAGUAAGUCAGAAAGAGAAAGACAAAUACCAUAUAUCACUUAUAUGUGGAAUCUAAAAUAUGACACAAAUGAAAUUAUUUACAAAACAAACAGGCUCACAGACAUAGAGAACAGACUUGUGGUUGCCAAGAGGGAGCGGGGUAGGGGAGGGAUGGAUUGGGAUUAGCAGAUGCAAACUAUUAUACAUAGAAUGGAUAAACGACAAGGUCCUAAUGUACAGCAUGGGGAACUAUAUUCAAUAUCCUGUGAUAAACCAUAAUGGAAAAUAAUGUGAAAAAGAAAAAAUAUGUGUAUAUAACUGAAUCACUUUGCUGUACAGCAGAAGUUAACACAACACUGUAAAUCAA